AUGAGUGUACCAUUAACAGAACAUACUGCUAUUUUAUCAAAAUAUCUUGAUUUACCUCAAAAAGGAAAAAUUUUAGCUGAAUAUGUUUGGAUUGAUGCUGAAGGUAGAACAAGAUCAAAAUGUAAAACUUUAAAUAAAAAACCUUCAUCAGUUGAUGAUUUACCAGAAUGGAAUUAUGAUGGUUCAUCUACUAUGCAAGCUCCAGGUCAUGAUUCAGAUGUUUAUUUGAGACCUGUUGCUUUUUAUCCAGAUCCAUUUAGAAAAGGUGAUAAUAUUAUUGUUUUAAAUGAAUGUUGGAAUAAUGAUGGUACUCCAAAUAAAUUUAAUCAUAGACAUGAAUGUGCUAAAUUAAUGAAGGCUCAUGCUGAUGAAGAAGUCUGGUUUGGGUUAGAGCAAGAGUACACUCUUUUUGACCAAUUCGAUUACCCAUAUGGUUGGCCAAAAGGUGGUUUUCCAGCUCCUCAAGGUCCUUAUUAUUGUGGUGUUGGUACUGGUAAAGUUGUUGCAAGAGAUGUUAUUGAAGCUCAUUAUAGAGCUUGUUUAUAUGCUGGUAUAAAUAUUUCAGGUAUUAAUGCUGAAGUUAUGCCAUCACAAUGGGAAUUUCAAGUUGGUCCAUGUGAAGGUAUAAAUAUGGGUGAUGAAUUAUGGAUUGCAAGAUAUUUAUUAGAAAGAACUGCUGAAGAAUUUGCUGUUAAAGUUUCUUUCCAUCCAAAACCUUUGAAAGGUGAUUGGAAUGGUGCUGGUUGUCAUACUAAUGUUUCUACUAAAGAUAUGAGAAAAUCUGGUGGUAUGAAAGUUAUUGAAGUUGCUUUAAGUAAAUUAGCUAAAAGACAUAAAGAACAUAUGUUAUUAUAUGGAGCUGAUAAUGAACAAAGAUUAACUGGUAGACAUGAAACUGCUUCUGGUGAUGCUUUUUCAUCAGGUGUUGCUAAUAGAGGUGCUUCAGUUAGAAUUCCAAGACAAGUUGCAAAAGAAGGUUAUGGUUAUUUUGAAGAUAGAAGACCAGCUUCAAAUAUUGAUCCAUAUUUAGUUACUGGUAUUAUGGUUGAAACUAUUUGUGGUUCAAUUCCAGAUGCUGAUAUGGCUAAAGAAUUUGCAAGAGAAACUUCAGAUGAAUAA